CAUCGUAUCAAAAAGACCGUGUCCUCACUGCAGUAAGCAUCGAGUGGAUAGUGUUCAAUAAUUUUUGGACUUAGUGUUUUUUCUUUACUUGGGAGAAAUAUCUUUGGAAUAUACAUGCAGUCUUCGAGCUCAACGGAGAAAUGCGCUGCUAGUCUGGAAAAGACUGCUAGAUGUUGAGCUCUCUGUUUUCUGUAUGAGGGACACAACCACACAGAUGGAGUCGAGGGUUCCCCACCACAUCCCUGGAGUGUCUUCCUCCAUUAUAUCCCAGCCAUUGCGUAUGGUUCCGUAUGGAAGGCUACAGCACCCGCUCACCAUCUUCCCAAUCGACCAGAUGAAGUCCUCUCAUGUGGAAAAUGACUAUAUUGACAGUCCCGCUGUGGUCUCCCAGCAACCCCUCAACCAGAAGGCUGUCAACAGGGUGCCCCACGAGGCACUGCUAGGGGCCCCCCACCUCCCCCAACUGGCGCGCUGCAACCCUCACAACGCCACCACACACCCCUGGAUAACCUUCAGCGGGCGGCCCAGCUCCAUCAGCAGCAGCAGCAGCACCUCGUCAGAGCAGAGGCUGCUGGACCACGCAGCCCCCACCCCUGUGGUGGACCACAACUCCACGGUAGUCACCACCAGGACCCCCUGCUGCGGGCCCAAGGUGCUCACCUCAAAGCCCCUGGAUCUAAAAACUGCUGCCCUGGGGGCUGCAACGGUUGACAAGAAGCACAUGUUGCUGUGUGAGAUUUGUGGGAAGUGCCGCUGUACGGAGUGCACCCUGCCCCGGACCCUGCCCUCGUGCUGGGUGUGUAACCAGGAGUGCCUGUGCUCAGUGCAGAGCCUGGUGGACUCAGCCACCUGCAUGUGCCUGGUCAAGGCCAUUUUCUACCACUGCACAGAGGAUGAGGAUGAUGAGGGAUCUUGCGCCGACCGCCCGUGCUCCUGCCACCAGUCUAACUGCUGUGCGCGCUGGUCCUUCAUGGCAGCCAUGUCCCUGGUGCUGCCCUGUCUGGUGUGCUACCUGCCCACCAUGGGCUGUGUCAAACUGUCGCAGAAGUGCUAUGACAAAACCAGCCGUCCGGGCUGCCGCUGCAAGAACUUCCAGCAGGCCUGUAAGAGCAUGGAGGCCAAGGCUGCAGACCAAGAGAAACAGGCCUCAUGAUAGUCAUUGGCUGUUGCCUUAUCAAUACCCUCUGGAUAGGACAAUCCCACCAACCCCUACCCACUGGAGGACUUCCAGAAAACCAUGGUACUUACGAAAGGGUUUACACUUGUCCUUCUUGGUUCGAGUGAUGUUAUUCCACACAAGUCAGAAUAGGUCUGUCAGCUCAAUUGGUUGUCCUAGACAACUGCUUGCCUCAGAACCCAUCUUUAUAAGUAUAACAGACUGGCAGAUUUUGUUUCUAAAACGGCUGAAGGCACAAUUCAUUAUCCCUCUAUACUGCUCUGAAUUUCCAGCUUCAUCAUAGCUAGCUACUCUAUGACACAUUGGACCCCAGUUGUUGUUCUCCAAAAAAAAACACACAAAAAAGAAGCCUGCUCCAAAGCAGUUUCCCUCUGUUUAUGCAAACUGUUGAUUUCCUUUUGGGUAGUAAAGGAUACUUCAACUGAAACAGCCACCCACUCUCCCCCAUAUAUGAAAUGUUUCAUUCCCAUACAAGCCUUCCUGUUGCUAGCUUGAUGUUGAGCUCGUUAUGUCAAGGUGGAAAAGUGAGAGGUAAAGUCGUGUGUCUUUGCCCGUCUGAUAUGUAAGGUCAUACCACAACUGAGAGAAAAAUAGUGUUUAGGAUUGCCUGACUUGAUCACUUUCCAUUUCUUUGAGGGGAUUUUUUAAACCCAGCUUUUACCAAUCACUUCAGAAUAAUUGCACGUCAUGCCCUGCAUGAUGUGACGUAGUGGUUAACCCCAGUGCUCGACGUGGAUGUGUUGUAGAAAAACCUCCUCAGGGAUCGUUCCUCAUCAGGAGAAUUUGGUCUAGCACGUAAAAACUGCCAUUAGCCUAGUUGACUUCACUUUGCACAAUAGGCAAAGAACAGUUUCAAAAGGGCAAAAGGGCAAUUGUGAAUUAUUUAGGAAGAGUAAGUUAAGAGAGGAAAUGGAGGGAAAAUACAGUCUUAGAAAAAAAGGUGCUAUCCAGAACCUAAACGUUUUUUUUUUUGGGCUGUCCCCAAAGGAGAACCCUUUGAAGAACCCUUUUUGGUUCAAGGUAGAAACAUGUUGGGUUCCAUGUAGGACCCUUUCCACAGUGGGUUUUACAUGGAACCAAAGGGUUUUACGUGGAACCAAAAGGGUUCUCCCUGGGACCAAAAAUAGUUAUCUUAUGGGGAUAGCUGAAAAACCGUUUUGAAAAUUUUCUGGAGUGUAGCGUUUUCAGAAAGAGGUCAAGUGAAGCUGUAGCAUAUCUAGCCAGCCUUAGUUAAAUCAAACCUGCCACUUGAACAACCUUUUUAGAUGACGCAAACCCCUUAUGAUGUACUGAAGCACAGUAUUAAGUAUCAAUGCUUAAUGUAUUUUACAUUACCCUGUGAACUACUUUGAGUCCACAUUGUAUCAAAUCAAAUUUUAUUGGUCGCAUACACAUAUCUAGCAGAUGUUAUUGCGGGUUUAGCAAAAUACUUGUGUUCCUAGCUCCAACAGUGCAGCAAAAUCUAACAAUACACACACAUCUAAAAGUAAAAUAAUGGAAUUAAGAAAUUCUCAUAAUUUUUGCUGCAGUGUUGAGUUUUUCGUCUGUUAGAAAUAUUAUUUAUCUUUAUUUUCUCAAUCUAUUUUUGCGGCUUGCAUGGAGUACCAAUGACUUUGCCAAAGGAGUUUAGUAUAGCUUGUUUAGCUGUCUUAGGGAUCAUAUUUGUUAUGCACUCGCCAAAUUGUCAGAGGGCAAUUGCUCUUAAAGGUGCUGUGUCCUUUUUUAUGCUUCAGUUUGGCAUAAAGGGAUGCCAUCGUUGCAUAAUCUACACAUUUCUGUCACGUCGGUUCUGAGGUCCCCCACUAACAUUAGGGCCCGCCUCUUUUACAUUUUUGUACUUGUCUUGUUGCACAAAGCAGAAAACAUACAGGAAAAAAACACUGUUCUUAGUCUUGAAUGUAUAAGGCAAUAUUAUUUUCAAAUGUUUGCAAUUCAAUCCAAGGGAAGGUGCCAAAAUGGGGAAUUAUGUUCUGACUGACAAAGCCAGGGAAUAUUUGUUGAUGUGGUGACAAUAUAUUAUAGAAAUAGACCUAUGUUAUAGAAAUAGACCUAUGUUAUAGAAAUAGACCUAUUUUAUAGAAAUAGACCUAUGCAGGUGAUAUGUUGUUGUACAUAGUUUUAAAUGUCCUUGAAAAACUGCAUGGUACAUUAUAACUACAAUACAAAACAUAGAUAGAUAUAUAGAUAUAUAUUUUGAGGGUAAAGAUUUGAGUUUGAGGGGAAGAGGGAGGGGGGAAGACAGGUCUUAUUAUCAUAAGCACUUGAUUUAGAAAAGUGUGCCCCUCAGUAAAAAAUACCUCUGUUUAUGCUAUUCAUGCCUCUUUAGCGGAUAGAGGCGAAGUUAAUUCCCAGUUCUUCAGUGCCCCUGCAACUGUGGAAACAAUCAUUGAAUCCACUGAAGGAAUACAAUUGUUGGCCUAUCCGGAUCAACCCAUUUCCCCCUGUUUGUACUUACACAGUGUCACAACUUUUUUUCCCUCCCCAAUUUGGCCGACAAAUACCCUGGCCUUGAUUAACAAAUACCCUGGCCUUGAUUAACAAAUACCCUGGCCUUGACUAACAAAUACCCUGGCCUUGAUUAACAAAUACCCUGGCCUUGAUUAACAAAUACCCUGGCCUUGAUUAACAAAUACCCUGGCCUUGAUUGACAAAUACCCUGGCCUUGAUUAACAAAUACCCUGGCCUUGAUUGACAAAUACCCUGGCCUUGAUUGAGAAAUACCCUGGCCUUGAUUGACAAAUACCCUGGCCUUGAUUAACAAAUACCCUGGCCUUGAUUGACAAAUACCCUGGCCUUGAUUAACAAAUACCCUGGCCUUGAUUGACAAAUACCCUGGCCUUGAUUAACAAAUACCCUGGCCUUGAUUAACAAAUACCCUGGCCUUGAUUGACAAAUACCCUGGCCUUGGUUAACAAAUACCCUGGCCUUGAUUGACAAAUACCCUGGCCUUGAUUGACAAAUACACUGGCCUUGAUUGACAAAUACCUUGGCCUUGAUUAACAAAUACCUUGGCCUUGAUUGACAAAUACCCUGGCCUUGAUUAACAAAUACCCUGGCCUUGAUUGACAAAUACCCUGGCCUUGAUUGACAAAUACCCUGGCCUUGAUUGACAAAUACCCUGGCCUUGAUUGACAAAUACCCUGGCCUUGAUUGACAAAUACACUGGCCUUGAUUGACAAAUACCCUGGCCUCGAUUAACAAAUAUCCUGGCCUCGAUUGACAAAUACCCUGGCCUUGAUUGACAAAUACCCUGGCCUUGACUGACAAAUACCCUGGCCUUGAUUGACAAAUACCCUGGCCUUGAUUGACAAAUACCCUGGCCUUGAUUGACAAAUACCCUGGCCUUAAUUGACAAAUACCCUGGCCUUAAUUAACAAAUACCCUGGCCUUGAUUGACAAAUACCCUGGCCUUGAAUGACAAAUACCCUGGCCUUGAUUGACAAAUACCCUGGCCUUGAAUGACAAAUACCCUGGCCUUGAUUGACAAAUACCCUGGCCUUGAUUGACAAAUACCCUGGUCUUGAUUAACAAAUACCCUGGUCUUGAUUGACAAGUACCCUGGUCUUGAUUGACAAAUACCCUGGCCUUGAUUGACAAAUACCCUGGUCUUGAUUGACAAAUACCCCGGCCUUGAUUAACAAAUACCCUGGUCUUGAUUGACAAGUACCCUGGUCUUGAUUUACAAGUACAGCUGCUGUCCAUAAACGUGUCAAAAGCACCAUGAGGAAAAGAGAACUGUAAAGCUAUGUUCCAUUCCAUCUCGUUUAAUAGUGGAUGUCUUUUGCUUCUCUGUCUUUUUCUGCUCUGUCACACUGUGGCUUGGGUAAAAUCCUUAGCCCCAAACUACAUUGUUUGGUGGCCUGUUAAGGUAUUGAAUAAUCACCAACCAUGACAACUCAAUAAUGAAUCCUUUUAUUUUGGUAGAAUGCUGUGACUUAAAGUCCAUUUUGUGUUACACUUGUGGCCACUAGAAUUAUCUUCAACUCAAUCAAAAUAACCUUCAAAACUGCUGGCUCCUGCUAUUCAAUGUCUUUGCCUUUGCAAUGUCAAUGUUGCAGAAAUAUUAGCUCUGUGCUUUUGUUUUGUUUAACUAUAACAAAAUGAACAAAUCUCCCAUAUAAAAGUUUCCCUUUAUAGAUAUAUUUAUUUUGAAGUUCUAUUUUAUAUAGUAUUUAUUUAGAUGCCAACCUGUGUUUGUGAAGAAAGCUCAUGUCGAAAUGGAAUGUACAUUGACAUUGGAAAUAUAUAUUGUUAAAUAUAAA